CAAUUUUUAUUUUUUAAUUUUGAAUUUGCAAAAAAGUAUUCGGUUGGUUGUCCUUCCGCGAGAUUCGAAGCCGCCAUUGUUCAUUUCCAGCUCAACUCUCUUCAUCUUCUUCGUUUCAAUUCCAUCACUUUCUUGUUCCAUUUUCUUACAUUUCACUUCCCUUCCACCGCCAGAUCCACCUCCCUAUACAUUAUCAACUUUUUCAAUCUCCUCAAAAGUUUCUCAAAUGCUAUGUGAAAUCCACUGAGUGUUCAGUAGCCCAAGUUCGUUGACGAUUUCUAUUUCGCCGUCUGCCUCCAGUUCAUUCUUCAUUUGGUGGCAGACUAGGGUUUCUAUCCAUCUUCACAUUGUUAUCGAGAUCAGGCUUCUGAAGCAGUAACAGAAUGGGGGAAGUGGUUCCUAUCUACUACAGUAUUAUUGCGUUUUUUUGCACCGUUGGAGCCAUUGCUCUGGCGAUCUUUCAUAUUUAUCGGCAUCUUUUGAACUAUACGGAACCUACUUAUCAGAGAUACAUCGUGCGGAUUAUCUUUAUGGUCCCGGUUUAUGCGCUGAUGUCCUUCUUGUCUCUUGUUUUACCUUCAAGUUCUAUUUAUUUUAAUUCCAUUCGAGAAGUCUAUGAAGCUUGGGUCAUUUACAACUUUCUGUCAUUGUGUCUGGCAUGGGUUGGUGGCCCUGGAGCUGUUGUAAUAAGUUUAAGUGGUCGUGUAUUGAAGCCAUCGUGGUACUUGAUGACAUGUUGCCUUCCUCCAUUAGCACUAGAUGGGCGUUUUAUACGGAGGUGCAAGCAAGGCUGUUUGCAAUUUGUAAUUCUGAAGCCUAUAUUAGUUGCUGUGACACUUAUUUUAUAUGCAAAAGGGAAGUAUGAAGAUGGAAAUUUCAAUCCAAAACAAUCAUACCUUUAUCUCACUAUUAUCUAUACUAUCUCCUACACGAUGGCUCUUUAUGCUUUGGCAUUGUUUUACGUGGCAUGCAAAGAUUUACUUCAACCAUUUAACCCGGUCCCAAAGUUCAUCAUCAUUAAAUCUGUUGUCUUCUUGACUUAUUGGCAGGGUGUCCUUGUGUUUCUUGCUGCAAAAACUCAAUUCAUCAAGAAUGCGGAGCAAGCUGCUCAGUUUCAAGAUUUCAUUAUAUGCAUCGAGAUGCUUAUAGCUGCUUUGGGUCAUCUUUAUGCAUUUCCAUACAAAGAAUAUGCAGGUGCUAACAUCGGUGGUUCGCGUGGUCUUACGGGAAGUCUUGCACACGCCGUAAAAUUGAACGACUUUUACCACGACACAGUCCACCAGUUUGCUCCAACUUAUCAUGACUAUGUUCUUUAUAAUCAUAGCGAUGGUGACGAAGGAACGAGGAAGUAUCGAUCACGCACUUUUGUGCCUACAGGCCCCGAGAUGGACACCGUUAGAAGAAACAAACACAUGUUUGGAAACAAGAUAGAUGACAUUCAGCUUUCCACGAUCUCGUCUUCAAGUUCGAGUACUCCAAAUCAUUCGGAAGUCCUCGAACCAACCAAUUCCGACGUAAUGAAAUCUUCUCUUCUUUUGGAUGCUUCAAACUCUUUAUCCACACCAUACGACAUGUCACUUAUUGACUUGGAUUUAUCGAGUUACCCCUCCAAAGUUGCUGCAGCAGACGGAACGGAAAUGAGGUAACGAAAAUAGUGGACAGGUAGGAGAAGAAAAAGAAAGGAAAAACGAUGUUGGGAGCAAGAGAAUAGUCGAAGAAAGAGAGAUAGAAAAUAGAGAUUUUUAGGGUGUAAGCUUUGGUUUCUCCGACUUUGUGCACAUUUGGUAUUGCGGCGUAACAAAGAAAUUGUGUACAAUGUCGUGUUUCUCCGAGUUUUCUCAUGGCGGUGUGUAUAUACAUACAUACAUGAUUCUGAUUUGUUAUCAAUUAGGUUUUGGUUGUUACACAAAGCAUGCAUAUAAAUCCACUUAAGUUAUCAUACUCUUGGUCUUAAUUGCUACAUUUCUAAUUUGUGGACU